UCGGAGGAUUUUCUCGGAUACGUCGCGUGAGGGGCUGGAGCCAGGCGCGUGCGCCCCCCGCCUCCUCACCCUCUCCAUACCCAGCUUGGUGUCUCCAGCUGCCUUCAGUCAGAGAGCCGUGGGGAGGCGGCCGGACUACCGGUGACCGGGCAGGGGUGUGUGAGCGGACCGGCUGAGGUGGCCCCUGCUGUGUUGUUUGUGUCCUGAUAUAAGCUGACGGUGACACGCACCUUUUCCUUCCGCUACCGGUGGAGUGUUUGUGUGUGGCGGGAUGUCUACGGCUUCCAGUUCUUUUGGGCCGGUGACAGCGGCCGGGGAGGCGGUGCUGUCCAGGGCUCCUGAGGCCUUUCCUGCCCUGCCUCUCCCUCCGCCGCCGCCCCUUUCCCUCGUGGCUGGAGUGCUGGGCCCAGUAGAUGAGGUUGAUUCACUGGACGGACCGGAGUAUGAAGAGGAGGAGGUGGAAAUUCCUCUCAGUGCGCCCCCUACCAACCAGUGGUAUCAUGGCAAGCUGGAUAGAAAUAUUGCUGAAGAACGCCUUUAUCAAGCUGGCAGGACUGGAAGCUAUCUUAUUAGAGAGAGCGACCGUAGACCUGGGUCAUUUGUUCUUUCCUUCCUUAGCAAAACAAAUGUUGUCACCCAUUUCAGGAUAAUAGCAAUGUGUGGGGACUUCUAUAUCGGAGGGCGAAGGUUUUCAUCCCUGUCAGAUCUCAUAGGAUACUAUAGUCAUGUGUCUUGUUUGCUUAAAGAGGAAAGGCUUCUUUUUCCUGUUGCACCUCCAGAGCCUGUGGAAGACAGACGAAGAGUACGGGCCAUUCUUCCGUAUACUAAAGUGCCAGAUACAGAUGAAAUAAGUUUCCUGAAGGGAGACAUGUUUAUCGUCCAUAACGAGUUAGAGGAUGGCUGGAUGUGGGUCACUAAUCUCCGUACCAAUGAACAGGGACUUAUAGUUGAAGACUUGGUGAAGGAAGUGGGUAGAGAAGAAGAUCCACAUGAAGGCAAAAUAUGGUUCCACGGGAAGAUCUCUAAGCAGGAAGCCUAUAAUCUUCUGAUGACGGUUGGACAAAUUAGCAGCUUUCUGGUGAGACCGUCUGACAACACUCCUGGUGAUUAUUCGCUUUAUUUUCGUACCAAUGAAAACAUCCAGCGGUUUAAGAUCAGUCCAACGCCAAACAAUCAAUUUGUGAUGGGAGGUCGGUACUAUAACAGAAUUGAUGACAUCAUUGAGCAUUAUAGAAAAGAACAAAUUGUGGAAGGCUAUAAUCUAAAGGAUCCCGUCCCUGUUCAGCAUCAAGAACAAGUAUUGAAUGAUUUGGAUGGCAAAGAAAUCUACAAUACAAUCAGGCGUAAAACAAAGGAUGCUUUUUACAAAAACAUUGUCAAAAAAGGAUAUCUUCUGAAGAAGAGUAAAGGCAAACGAUGGAAGAACUUGUAUUUUAUCUUAGAGGGUAAUGAUGCCCAACUUAUUUAUUUUGAAAGUGAAAAGCGUGCCACAAAGCCCAAAGGAUUAAUUGAUUUGAGUGUGUGUUCUGUCUAUGUAGUCCAUGACAGUCUGUUUGGCAGGCCAAACUGUUUCCAGAUUGUAGUUCAGCACUUUAGUGAAGAGCAUUACAUAUUUCACUUUGCUGGAGAGACCCCAGAACAAGCUGAAGACUGGAUGAAAAGUCUCCAAGCGUUUUGCAGUUUACGAAAAACCGCACAAUCUACGUCUAAUAAGCGCCUCCGGCAGGUCAGUAGUCUAAACUUGCAUGUUGAAGAAGCCCACAAGCUCCCAGUGAAACACUUUACUAGUCCGUAUUGUAAUAUCUACCUGAAUAGCGUGCAGGUAGCGAAGACGCAUGCUCGGGAAGGUCAGAAUCCAGUUUGGUCAGAAGAGUUUUUCUUUGAUGACUUAUCUCCUGAUAUCAACAGAUUUGAGAUUAGUCUAAGUAACAAAACAAAGAAAAGCAAAGACCCUGACAUACUGUUUAUGCGGUGUCAGUUAAAUCGCCUACAGAGAGGGCACGCAACAGAUGAGUGGUUUCAGCUCAGUUCCCACGUACCGUUGAAAGGUAUAGAGCCAGGGUCCCUGCGUGUCCGGGUACGGUACUCCAUGGAGAAGAUAAUGCCUGAGGAAGCAUAUAAUGAAUUCAAAGAGCUCAUACUACAGAAGGAGCUGCAUGUGGUCAAUGCGUUGUCACACGUGUGUGGACAGGAUCGAACACUACUAGCUAGCAUACUAUUACGAAUUUUUCUACAUGAAAAGAUGGAAUCCUUACUUUUGAGAACACUAAAUGACAGAGAGAUUAGUGUGGAAGAUGAAGCAACAACUCUAUUUCGUGCGACCACGCUGGCCAGUACGCUUAUGGAGCAAUACAUGAAAGCAACCGCAACUCCAUUUGUCCAUCAUGCUCUUAAAGACACCAUUUUAAAAAUAUUGGAAAGCAAGCAGUCUUGUGAGUUAAAUCCAUCAAAGCUGGAGAAGAACGAAGAUGUAAAUGCUAACUUGGCACAUCUACUAACUAUCCUGUCGGAAUUAGUAGAGAAAAUUUUUAUGGCAGCAGAGAUACUUCCCCCGACUUUGAGGUAUAUUUAUGGGUGCUUACAAAAAUCUGUUCAACAAAAGUGGCCUUCAAAUAACACCAUGAGGACAAGAGUUGUUAGUGGCUUUGUUUUUCUGCGAUUAAUCUGUCCUGCAAUUCUUAAUCCAAGGAUGUUUAAUAUCAUCUCAGAUUCUCCAUCUCCAACUGCUGCAAGAACUUUGACGCUGGUCGCCAAGUCUCUGCAAAACUUAGCAAAUUUGGUUGAAUUUGGAGCCAAAGAACCCUAUAUGGAGGGUGUAAAUCCAUUCAUUAAAAGUAACAAGCAUCGCAUGAUAAUGUUCUUGGAUGAACUUGGGAACGUACCUGAACUUCCAGAUACUACUGAGCCCUGUCGGACGGACCUGUCCCGCAAUUUGGCAGCUUUGCAUGAGAUGUGUGUUGCGCAUUCUGAUGAACUCCGCACCAUCAGCAAUGAGCGGGGAGCACAGCAGCACGUUCUGAAGAAACUCCUGGCCAUCACAGAGCUCCUUCAACAGAAGCAAAAUCAGUAUUGUGUAACGAACAACACCAGGUAGCAGCCUGCUCCUGUCCUGCGUGGAUUUAGCAUGCAUACACUUGGAAAUUAUUUCACAAUAUCACUUUUGCUCUUUCCAAAAAUAAAAUAGCACAUCUUGGCCACAUCUUGAGAUGUGUGGGACUAUGCAGCAACGAUGUUCUGCCGAUACGAGUUUAAACGAGCAGAUUUAGUUUUUUUUUUUUUAAAAGCUAUCCGUGCAUAUUAAUUGCACUUUUUUCGCAUUUUGAACUGACAUCCACAAAACUCUGAGCCUUUGUCUACUGAUCGUCUUCACUAGAAGAGGUGGUGAAAUGAACUAUAGCACAUUUCCAUGCAUCGUACCAAAGUCUACACACCCAAAACCUGUUAAACUGAUAGAAAUGUUCUGCUUUUGGAUAGUCAUUUAUAACUGGAUUGCAGGCUAUUUUUAUACUGUUAUUUCUGACUGGUUUCUGUUAAUAUUGCUCACGACUGUUCACAACCUGAUUUAUAGUUUAAUUUUGAAACUGACAAGGAAACAAGUGCUACUUUUUAUUGUGUGUUCUGUCUUUCUGGAAUCAUCUUGAGUUCAUGGGGGGAAAA